GCCUGCCCGCGCGCCCAGCCCCGCCAGGCCUCUCGCGAACAUGGCGCUUGUCCCCUGCCAGGUGCUGCGGGUGGCCAUCCUGCUGUCCUAUUGCUCCAUCCUGUGCAACUACAAGGCCAUCGAGAUGCCCUCGCACCAGACCUACGGAGGGAGCUGGAAGUUCCUGACGUUCAUUGAUCUGGUGAUCCAGGCUGUCUUCUUUGGCAUCUGCGUGCUGACUGACCUGUCCAGUCUUCUGACCAGAGGGAGCGGGAACCAAGAGCAAGAGAGGCAGCUCAAGAAGCUCAUUUCCCUCCGGGACUGGACAUUGGCCGUGUUGGCCUUUCCUGUUGGAGUUUUUGUUGUCACGGUGUUCUGGAUCAUCUAUGCCUAUGACCGAGAGAUGAUAUACCCAAAGUUGCUUGACAACUUCAUCCCAGGGUGGCUCAAUCACGGAAUGCACACGACGGUUUUGCCCUUUAUAUUAAUCGAGAUGAGGACGUCACACCACCAGUACCCUAGCAGGAGCAGUGGACUCGCCGCCAUAUGCACCUUCUCUGUGGGCUAUUUACUAUGGGUGUGCUGGAUUCAUCAUGUUACCGGCAUGUGGGUGUACCCUUUCCUGGAACACAUCGGCUCUGGAGGCAGGAUCAUCUUCUUCGGGUCAACAACUAUCCUAAUGAACUUCCUGUACCUGCUGGGAGAAGUUCUGAACAGCUAUAUCUGGGAUACACAGAGAAGUAUGGAAGAAGAGAAAGAGAAGCCUAAGGUGGAGUGAGAUCCAAGAGUAAAGGGAAGAGCAGGCCUGAGCUGGUAUUGAAUUCUCAUAGCCUCAACCGCUGGUAGCAAGGAGAGAAAACUUCAAAGGAAGCCCUCCAUCUCCCUGAUCCCAAAGAGGACACCUUUUAUAUAUAUAAAUAUUCACAAUAGGAAGCAUUGUUUUCUAAACUAAUUUACCUCAUUGUAUUUACAGUUUUCUUUCCAAAUUCAGUACUGAUGACAUCUUCCUUCCUCUUUUCUAGUUUUAAAACUGAAAUGGUCCAUUGGUAUUUCAUUUCUGCCAUAAUAAUUCCAGGCAGUUGAUGAAAAAUAAGCAUUGUACUUCUUGUUGAGCAAUAUGAUAAAGUUAAAGGGCAGAUGUGAUUGGAGGCAUUCAGGUAUGUGGCAGCGAAAUGGGAGGUAAAAGUGGCUGGAAUAGCAGCCAGAGGCCACAGGUGUGGCCCAGUUGGAAGCAGGCUAGGUAAUUGCAGUGGCAAUACGGUCACGGCUGCCCCAGAUGAGCAAGAGUAAUGAUGAUGACUUCAAUGUAAUCCGUUCCCUGAAUGUACUUGCGUCUCCAGAUUUGAUCCUGUGAAAUUCUUCCUACAUUAAACUCUCACUUGAAUAAAGAACAAGCAUUCCCUUG